UUACACAUACACACACACACACACACACAUGAUAUUUGCAGCAUGUAAUUUUUAUUCUCUGCACACUACAAAAGGUCUGCAUUCCUUUUACAGAUGAGCUUUGCAUGUUGAAAGAUGCUGCAGAGAAGGAACUACUCGAAAAAAAAUGCAAAGAAAAUGAAAAGCAGCUGAUCCAAAGAGCAACAGACGAAAAGUUAAGUGAAGACUGGCUCAAGGAAAACUGUAAACAGUGCCCUUCCUGUGGUGCUAACAUACAGAAAUUACAGGGCUGCAACAAGAUGACCUGCUCCUCCUGUAAACAGUAUUUCUGCUGGCUCUGCCUUGCAGUUCUUAGCAGAAUGGACCCCUACAACCACUUCAAAGACUUUAGCUCAUCAUGCUAUGGCCAGCAUCAACACCUCAGGAUCACAGGAUAUAGUUCUUGCAGCAGCAUAACAUUGAAAAUAACAGUGAAGACUGGAUAACAUUCUAUUGUGUACACACAUUAUUUAUUAUUUGCCAUUUGUUACAGGGCAUAUGUUGUAUAAUGUGUACUAAAUAUGAUAAAUGUUUGAACUUUGUCCAGAUAAACCAUAUUUAGAUUUUUCCAUCACUUUGCAGUGUAAAAAAAAAAAAAAAAAACUGGCAUUGACAUGUAGUAAGAGUAAAGGAUGGUUUACCACAUAUAUUCAUUUAGCCAACACAAUUUAACAACAUUUGCAACAAAGUAAAAAUCAUUAUUUAUU